AUGCACCCAUGCAUACAAGCAUCAGUACAAGUAUCAAAUGUACAGAACACAUGGUAUUCCUUUGAGGACGACAGAAUCCAUAAAGAUCGGUUCCUCAUGGCCAUCGGCCUGGGCACUCCGGCCAUUAUGAACCUCGUCACCAUCGACACCGGCUCGACACUUUCCUGGGUUCAGUGCCGACCUUGUCCGAUAAAUUGCCAUGAUCAAGCUGAAGAGUCCGGACGGAUAUUUGACCCCCUUCAGUCCUCAACUUACCAAAGCGUUGGCUGCUCAACUGAAGAUUGUGGUUAUGUGCAUGAAACACUUGGUAUUCCCUUUUGCUGCAACGAGGAGCAAGAUAGCUGCCUUUACAGCUUGAGAUAUGCAUCAGAAGAGUACACGGCCGGAAGCUUGGUCAAGGACAAGCUCACAUUAGGAAACAACUUCAGCAUUGAUGAUUUCAUGUUUGGCUGCAGUGGAGAUGACAGGUACAAUGCAGCUGAUGCAGGCAUUAUUGGAUUUGGGGGUGAGACUUACUCCUUCUUUCGUCAGGUAGUUCGCCAUACCAACUACACCACGUUCUCUCACUGCUUUCCUGGUAAUCAUAGAAACGGAGGAUUUCUAUCCAUCGGGCCGUAUGAUCGGUACAAUUUACAGUUCAUUCCGUUGGUCGAAUACGGCUCGCACGGAGAUAACCCGGCGUAUGCUAUUCAGCAGCUGGACAUGAUGGUCGACGGGAUACGGCUUGAAGUCGACCCGUCAAUCUACGCAACUCGAAUGACGAUACUGGAUUCUGGCACGAUCGACACGUUCAUUCUGUCCCCGGUGUUUCGUGCGUUUGACAAGGCGAUCACAGCGGCAAUGCUAGCAAAGGGAUAUGCCCGAGAAGCAGCUGGAAGGAAUAAAAUUUGUUUCACGUCCACUAGUGAUUCGGUGAACUGGAGAGACAUGCCAACGGUGGAGAUGAAAUUUGUAAGGUCUAUCUUGAAGCUCCCGUCAGAGAAUGUGUUCUAUCGAGUGUCAGCAGAUAAAAUUUGCUCCACAUUUCGGCCAGACGUUGCUGGACUGACAGGGGUUCCGAUUCUGGGGAACAGGGAAACAAGAUCAUUCAGGGUCGUGUAUGAUAUCCAAGACAGCAAGUUUGGGUUUCAAGCUGGCGCGUGUUGA